GAGAGAGAGAGAGAGAGAGAGAGGAAGAGAGAGAGAGGAAGAGAUAGAGGGAGAGAGAGCUCCAGAGAGAUACAGUUACUGUCUGCCCUUGGAUGGCUUCUGCUCUCUGGUUUUGGGUACCGCAAUCAUUGGAAAGCACAGAGCUGUUUUCCUGUAGACCUUAUAUAGCAUGUUUGAAAACUUCUUGGCAGGAGGAACCACAGGCAGCAGUGUAAAGUCUGUGUCCCUGCUUGAUGCAGUCCAGUCCAGUGGAGUCCAGUCCAGAGACGCAGCACACAUUCUUAUACAUGAACAAGGAAUUAAGUUCAGUAGCUUGUCUGGCACGCGUUUGGGAUUAUCGCUGUUGUUUGGAGUAAGAAAGGAGGAGUAGAGGGAGGAGGAAACUCACCCGAAGGAGGUGGAGGAGGAUUGGGAAUGCAGAGGUAGAAACAAGGCAGAGUUGUAAAGAAAAGCAAGUGUGUGUGAGGAGAGAGUGUUCACAGGUCACAACAUCAUGUCAGACGACAGCUAGCAAUGAGGUGCCUCCCACUCCACAGCUGCCACUAAAGCAUGUAGAUACACCGGGAUCCACCAGGUCCUGUAAGAGUGUGGAGAUCAGGAGAAAACAGUCCCGAAGUCUGAGUGUGGUCCAGGCCAUGGAGGAGAACUAUGAGGUGGACCUGGUCUACAUCACAGAGAGGAUUAUCUCCGUCUCUUUCCCCGCUGGUGCCGAGGAGCAGAGCUACACCAACAACCUGAAGGAGGUGGCCACGAUGCUGCAGUCCAAACACGGAGAACAUUAUCUGAUGUUCAACCUCAGCGAGAGUAGGAACGAUGUGUCAAAGUUGAACCCCAAGAUUCUGGAGUUUGGAUGGCCUGACCACCAUGCACCAGCCCUGGACAAGAUAUGCAGCAUGUGUAAGGCCAUCGACACAUGGCUCAGUGGAGACGCACGCAAUGUUGUGGUGCUACACAACAAGGGAAACCGAGGUCGGACCGGGGUGGUGGUGGCAGCGUACAUGCACUACAGCAACAUUUCAGCAAGUGCUGACCAGGCAUUGGACAGGUUUGCAAUGAGACGCUUCUAUGAAGACAAAGCACUUCCUGUGGGUCAGCCAUCGCAGAGAAGGUAUGUGCGCUACUUCAACGGCCUUCUGUCCGGACACAUAAAGAUCAACAACAAACCUUUGUUCCUGCAUCAUGUCAUAAUGCACGGCAUUCCCAACUUUGAGGCUAAAGGAGGCUGCCGUCCUUUCCUGAAGAUCUACCAGGCCAUGCAGCCAGUCUAUACGUCAGGAAUCUAUAAUGUACAGGGAGACAGCAACACCAGUAUCUGCAUCACCAUCGAACCAGGGCUGCUUCUGAAGGGAGACAUCCUGCUCAAGUGUUACCACAAGAGAUACAGGAACCCCACCAGAGACGUGGUUUUCAGAGUGCAGUUCCACACCUGUGCCAUCCACGACCUUGGCGUAGUUUUUGGAAAGAAUGAGUUGGAUGAAACGUUCAAAGAUGAGAGGUUCCCAGAGUAUGGAAAAGUGGAGUUUGUCUUCUCAUACGGCCCAGAAAAAAUCCGAGGCCUGGGCCACCUGGAGAAUGGACCAAGUGUCUCUGUGGACUACAACACCCAGGAUCCUCUGAUCCGCUGGGACUCGUAUGAGAACUUCGACCAUCGAUGUGAGGAAACAGCAGACGGGGAGAACGAUGUUGUUCACACCCAAGGUCCACUGGAUGGAAGCCUUUAUGCCAGGGUCCGAAAAAAGGACUCGCUGGAGGGAGUUGUCACCAUUAAUGGCCUCCCUGUCCACGAAACUCCCCUGACAAACGCCAAAAACUCGUUGCAGCACACCGUACACACCGCUGACCAGACACUUCCUGUGACAGGCCACGCCUCCCUCCCUGCUGUGGACCACACCCUCUCAGUGAGCAGCGACUCGGGCAACUCCACUGCCUCCAUUAAAACCGAUCGCACUGAUGAGCACAGCCAGUCUGUGCAGAGCGCAGCCAAUCACAACAACCCGACAGCGGCCCACCCUCCGCUCAGUCCACAGGAGAAGAGAGAACUUGAUCAGCUCCUGAGUGGACUGGAGGCGCAGACUCACCUCCCGCAGUCUUUCCUGUCCACCUCCACCAGUCCAGCAGUGGGCGUACGUCAUUUAGUCCCGGCGCAGGUUCACGUCAACGGUGGGCACACCAGGCUGACCGCAGCUUCUUCCAAAGAGGAGCGGGAAACUGACAUUCUUGACGACGAGUUGCCCCACAGCCAAGAAGGAAACAGCGUUGACAGCUUGGGGACAAUUUCUUCUCUAGAAGGCCAGGGAACAGCAGCUGACGUCGCCAACCAAUCACAGACUCCCGACAGUGGUUGUGAAAAGUUGGGCGAAAUGCCGGUGCACGGUGUGCGAACUCCCACUACCAUGCAAGAGAGGUCUUUGGACUCAGCAUCGCCACAGGGGGGAUACAGCAGCUACCAGAAUGGAGGGGGGAUGUACCGCUCCCAUUCCUUCGGUAACCCACCUCCCAGCAGCCCUGAAACCAAUCUCAAACGUAUGCCCAGGGCCCCCGAGAGGAGCACCAGUAGUCGGGAGGCCGUUCAGAGAGGACUCAAUGCCUGGCAUCAAUACAGCCUCCCAGAUGACCCCUUCGGCCCUCCACUGCAGUCCACCCACAGCCUGCCUCACUUCCCCACUCCAGCCUCACAGCGAGACAUAGAGCAGUCCAUUGAGGCCCUCAACAUGCUCAUGCUGGACCUGGACCCCAUUAACUCCCACAUGUCCAAGUCUCACAGCGCCCCCGCUGGAGAGAACACCCUGAAUUCAUCUCAAGUUCCUUUCUCCCAGACCCUUAUCAGACCCUCGUACCAAGCAGACUCCACCAUCCAGGGCUACAGCAACUCUGGUUCAGUGAACAACUCCUUCAACCAGCAGCUGAGAUCUCCUGGACGAGUGUCGACCGCCUCCAACCAGAGCCCAGUCAUGGAGUCUCCGGUCUACUCUCCGCAGAAGCCGAACGCUGGCUACCAACACCCAAACAUCACCCCGACACACACGCCUGAGCCCUACCUCCACCCACGCCAGUCCCCCCAGCAGUACCCCUCUGACCCCCCUUUGACUUUCAACCAGCAGGCACCAGUGAAACCUGCAAACUCGCUCCCUGGUGGCAGGAUUUCCCACUCCCCGGACCUGCAGGGCUCGUCUCCUUAUCCGGGCUACAGCGCCUCCUCUUCUCCUGUGCCAGCUCUAACGCCACAGCCCAAGGAUGCCUCGUCUUCCUCCUUGGCCAAGGAACAGGAGGCAGAGGAGGAGACGUUGAACUUAGAAGGGCUGGUGGCUCAUCGCAUCGCUGAGUACAACGCUCGUAUUCGGGGCAUCAGUGAAAGCAUGACAUCACAACAGUCUGACCGUCAUCGUUCCUAUUCCUUCUCUGGAGUGCGGUCCAGAGGAAUGACCCCAGAAGUGACUCAGGAGACCAGUCGACGUCGGACCACCAGCGAGGGUCAGUACCAGAGCGCCCACGAAAACACCUCUGACGUUCAUUCACCUGACUUCUCCAACAAUCUGGCUAUGAAUCCUGGAGGGAGACCAAGAGAGGGGCCCAUGCAUAGCUACCGGGAAGCCUUUGAGGUCAACAAGGGUGAGGGAUUUGGAAACAGCCCCACCUUUGGCAGCAGUGGCCGCUCUCCUGCUGGUUUAACCAAAACGCCUCUGUCCACACUGGGACUGAAGCCACAUCAUCAGGGAGGAUCGGAUUCUGACUCUAACGAUGGAGACCAAGAUAACCACAGUUUCGGAGACUCCAGAGCACUACCACUGAACGCUCCCCUGAUGUCCAGCAGUCCUGUUCACACCACUGAUGGAAGAAGGAUGAGGUCUUCAGAUGAGCCCCCCCACAGCCCAGCCUUCUCCCACCCACACAGAGCCCCCUCCCCUGAGGGUUCUACGGUCAACAUCAUGGGCGUCCACACCGUCCCCGGCAGCCCCAACACGCUGCACCGCACAGUAGCCACUAAUACGCCUCCGAGCCCCGCCCUCCAGAGACGAUUGGGUCAGGCCAGCCCCUCGCCCAGCAGACAACCCCUUCCUGGAUGUGUCCCUUCCAGCCCACUGAUUGGCCGUAAGGCAGCAGCCACAGGUGUGCCGCCCAGUCCGCUGAUGGGGCGACGCACCACGGCGAGUGGCCACAGCACACCUGACGAAAUAGGAGCCGCCUCCCGUCAGGGGAGCGCCCAACCUCCGUCCACUCCCGCCUUCCCUGUGUCCCCACAGCUGCCAGAGAGAAGGCACAUGUCCAGUGGAGACGCAGAGAGGGUGGACAACAACAACUUCACGACAGUCAGUGGUGGAAGCACUCCAAAUCUGUCAGGAACACACUCGAUCCCAGAACUUCCCAAGUCCAUAUACGAUGGUUGUCCAGACAUCAAGAUGAAUGUCAAGUUUGUCCAGGACACGUCCAAGUUCUGGUACAAGCCUGAGAUCUCCAGAGAACAAGCCAUCAACCUGCUGAAGGACAGGGAGCCUGGAGCCUUCAUCAUCAGAGACAGCCCCUCUUUCCGUGGUGCCUACGGUCUGGCCAUGAAGGUGGCCUGUCCUCCGCCCACUGUCCAGCAGAACAAAAAAAUGGGUGACAUGACCAAUGAGCUGGUGAGACACUUCUUGAUCGAGACCAGCCCCAAAGGUGUCCGUCUGAAGGGCUGUCCCAACGAACCCUAUUUUGGUUGUCUGUCUGCUCUGGUCUACCAACACUCCAUGACUCCACUGGCUCUGCCCUGUAAGCUGAUGAUCCCCACCAAAGACCCAAAUGAGGAGGCACUGGAACUAGCGACCCCUACUGACCCAGUGGUUGAACUGCUUAAACAAGGAGCAGUUCAGAAGGUUCCAGAAGAAGCUCACGCCUGUAACGUCCUCUACAUCAACUCUGUGGACAUGGAGUCUCUGACGGGACCUCAGGCCGUGGCCAAGGCCAUCAGUCAGACCCUGUCCACUAACCCCCUGCCUGUAGCCACCACCGUCCACUUCAAGGUGUCCCCACAGGGCAUCACCCUCACAGACAGUCACAGGAAGAUUUUCUUCCGACGACAUUACCCCAUCAACACCGUCACGUUCUGUGACAUUGAUCCCCAGGACAGGAAGUGGGGCAAAGAAGGAGGGGGCUCCGUCAGGCUUUUCGGGUUCGUCGCUAGGAAACAAGGAAGCACAACGGACAACGUCAGCCACCUGUUUGCUGAGCUGGACGUGGACCAGCCGGCCUCUGCCAUUGUCAGCUUUGUUUCCAAAAUGAUGAAACGGUGAAACGCUGAAACAAUGACGUGGUGGUGAUCAUCAUCAAAAAAAAAAAUCCUACUCCUUCUUCUUCAUCAGUGUCUUUUCCUCCAGGACGCCAUGAUGUCCUUUGUUUGGUCCCGCCACUCGUCUCCUGUCGGUUGGUUUUUCCGUCUCCCUUCUCUCUCCGUUUCUUUCUCCGAUGCUUUGUCUCCACUUUGGUCUUUUUGGGAGGAAAAGGAAAGAAAACUGAAGGAUGUGAAGAUGAGACG